GGGUGACAGAGUCAGCUGGGCUCAUCUGCAAGGGCACCAGGUCAAGACUUGAAAACUAGGGAAAUCCAGCCACUCACUUCUGCCCUUUCUACCACUAGGGGGCAAUGACCAGUGUGGAAUCCUUGUUAUUCACAUCACUAGGCUCCAGCCCAAGUUCUGGAGAUGGUGAGGUGGAGCUUAACUGCCAGUUUGACGAGGACUUCAAGUUCAUCCUGCUGCCUGUGAGCUAUGCAGUUGUCUUUGUGCUAGGCCUGGGCCUCAAUGCCCUGACCCUCUGGCUGUUCCUCUUCCGCCUUCGACCCUGGGAUGCAACCACCACCUACAUGUUCCACUUGGCGUUGUCAGACACCUUGUACGUGCUGUCACUGCCCACCCUCGUCUACUACUACGCAGCCCACAACCACUGGCCCUUUGGCACUGGGUUCUGUAAGUUCGUCCGCUUUCUCUUCUAUUGGAACCUCUAUUGCAGUGUCCUUUUCCUCACCUGCAUCAGUGUUCACCGCUACCUGGGCAUCUGCCACCCACUUCGGGCACUACGCUGGGGCCGCCCUCGCUGUGCAGGCCUUCUCUGUCUCGCUGUUUGGUUGGUGGUAGCCGGCUGCCUCCUGCCCAACCUGUUCUUUGUCACAACCAGCACCAAGGGAUCCACCAUCCUGUGCCACGAUACUACUAGGCCUGAGGAGUUUGACCACUACGUGCACUUCAGUUCGGCAGUCAUGGGGCUGCUCUUUGGCUUGCCCUGCCUGGUCACUCUGGUCUGCUAUGGGCUCAUGGCCCGGCGACUGUACCGACCGUUGCCGGGAGCUGGACAUUCAUCUUCUAGGCUACGUUCUCUCCGCACCAUCAUUGUGGUGUUGACUGUCUUUGCUAUCUGCUUUGUGCCUUUUCACAUCACCCGCACAAUUUAUUACCUGGCCAGGCUAUUAAAAGCUGACUGCCAGGUGCUUAACAUUGUCAACGUGGUCUACAAAGUAACUCGGCCCCUGGCCAGUGCCAAUAGCUGUCUGGAUCCAGUGCUCUAUUUGCUCACAGGGGACAAGUACCGCUGCCAGCUCCAGCGGCUCUGCAGUGGUGGUGGUGGGCCUCAGCCCCACUCAGCUGCUUCCUCCCUGGCGCUGGUGACCAUACGUGAGGAAAGCAGCAGCAAGUGGGCAGUCACUCACCGGGACAGCAGCUACUUUGCCUGUAGGGGAGACAGACUGUAAGUCUGCACACUGGAUGUGAAAGGAGAGGGGCUAAGUUCAGGACAGAGGGGAGGGAGUCUGUUAGUGACACCUGGUAAGUGCAUCAGCUGCCCUCUCCUUUUUAAAAGCAGAAGGUUGAAGCAGUUACUUCUCUGUCUCUACUUCUUUCUCUGCUUCUGUCCCUUCCUGGGGCCACUGAGCUGAUUCUG